AUGUCAAAAAGACCUCAAAUUCAUAUUUUUGUGGGAGCACCCAGUAUUCCAAGCUUGCUGGAAGUGUCAGAGCAAAGUAGUUCAGCACCAGCUGCUGAAAAGUGGAGAGAACUCCGCUGUUUUUGUGAUACACAUAGUCUUUUUUCUGAAAAAGUCAAAAGUGCUGACCAAUUAGUGUCUCGGGCAGAAAGCUCUAUAGUCACAGCAGUUCCUACAAAUGAUGACAGCUCUGAACAGGGAAGAUUAAUGGUAGCAAAAGAAUAUUUGACAUCUCAUGUGCCUGUAGCAGUAACUUGUACCAUCACACCUAAAAAGACUGAAAGUUUGAUUUAUUCUGAUUGUCAAAUAUCUACAGAUAGAUGCACUCAUGCAAAUGUAAAUCAGGCUGCAGAUCAACACCUUCCGCAAAAAUUUGCAGAAUCGGCUAGAAAAGAUACACAAUCACAUGGCUGUUGUUCAAACCUCACUGAAAGAAAAGCUAGUCAUUUAGAAGUUAACAGCUCUGACAUUUCUGAUUUGGUUGCCAGUACUAAGCAGAUUACCAUACAGCUAAGGUCUGUGGGACAAGAUGUUCAAUCAGAUUGUAGAAGUGAUCACCAUGAACAUUUAAGUCGAUAUCUGGAUAUGUGUUUCCCCCAAAAUCAAGAGUCAAAACCAAAAGGAGAACCAAGUGAUUGUUCAGACUUUGCAGUGUCAACAGAUACUGAAUUUCGUAGUAUAAUGACUUCAGGUCAGAUGGCUAUUUUUGCAUGGGAUCAGAAUGAGAUGCAGGAAAGAAUCAUAAAACUAUCAGAAACAGAAGCAGGCAAAACACCUGAAGAAAGGCAAUGUGAUCAUUUCCAAUUUUAUUCUGCUGUUGGAUCAUGUCUUAAUGUGGCUGGAAAUGAAUAUGAGGAAGAGUAUACAAGUUCCCUUGAACUUUUCAACUCUGAGGGCGAUGGGAAAAAUGUUUGCAUUGAAGCCACAAAACAAGAAGGAAGUGCUCAGGAAAAGACAGAAAAGUCUCAAGAACUUAAAGUUCCUGAUGAGCAAUUUUUAGAUGAAAUCCAUAUCGAACCAUUAAGCUCAGGAAUAUUGUGCUCUCAAGUAGAGAGUUGUCAUAAGAGCUCUUCUGAAAGAGCCCACAACUGUGAAGAUUCCUUUCAUAUUUUUCCCUCAGCAUUUAACAGACAGCUGAAAUCAAAGAGGACUAAACUGAAUUCUUCUCCAGCUGGUCUUGGGAUGAGAGUAGAUGAUGAGAGGAUGACAGAGUUCAAGAAACUUCAAAAGAAACUAUCACCACUUAAGAACUGCUGCUGCAAAAAUCAAAAGUACAAUGUUUUGGUCACAGUAGUACAUCCUUGUCAUGUCAAAGAAAUACAGGUGAAGACUAGACUAAAAUCUUCAUGUAAAGUUCCUGUAGCAACAAUUGCAGUUAUUGACCAGUCAGAAAUUGAGAGAAAGGUGGUGCUGUGGCGUGGUGCUGCAUUUUGGUCACUCACUGUGUUUCCUGGGGAUAUUGUACUGCUUACAGAUAUAAUAGUGUACGAGAAUCUCUGGUGUGGAGAAAUCAUGCUGCAGUCUACAUUUACCAGUCAGUUAUUGAAUCUGGGGAACUGCUCGGCUCUCAAUCCAGAAGAAUUUUAUCCUAUAGUGGAUGGUGGUGUUCUCCAUGGCUUAUUGGCAUACAUAUCAUCAGAAUUUCCCUACUUUGGAAACAUUCCACGAAGAAAAGUUCAGAGACUGGACAGUGUUCAAUACAUGCAGCUUGACCAGCUCCAGCCAAAUACAUUGGUUCACGCCAUCUUGAAAAUUAUCAACAUUGUUGUAUUAACAGAAUCUGUAUACAGCUACAGAGGUGGCAACCAAAGAAAAAUUAUUCUAACAGUAGAACAGAACAGAGAUCAACGCUAUAGGAUGGUGCUGUGGGGAGCAGGGGCUGCCUGGUGCCCUCAACUUCAAAGGAGAAAAGAUCACAUAUGGGACUUUAAAUAUCUGCUGGUCCAACAUAGUUCUGUCUCAGGUGACUUUGAACUGCACACAACUCCAUGGUCAUCCUAUGAGUGCUUGUUUGAUGAUGAUAAAAGGGCAAUUGAAUUUAAAGAAAAGUUUCAGAAAAGCAAAACAUCCCUCAUGCAGAUGACAAAGCUCUCAGCACAUUUGGAGGAAAAAUGCUCAGGAGUGGUUCAAGUGAAAGCUCGUGUCUUAGAACUGAAGUUUACCAUUUCAACUGGUCAAUACAAACAACUUGUCUUCCGUGCUGACACUUCACUGGAGUAUGUUUUGGCUUCUCUGCCUAUGAUUACGUAUUCAGGGUGUGCUAAAUGUGGUUUGGAACUACAGGCAGAUGAGAACAUGAUCUACAAGCAAUGUAUUAGAUGUUUGCCGUACAACAAAGUAAAAACAUUCUACAGACCCGCUUUGAUGACAGUAGAAGAUGGAGGACAUGAAAUUUAUGUUCAUGUGGUGUCUGAGUUAAUGGAAAAAAUCUUCCUCAAUAUUCCUGCAGACUGGUUGAACAGAUUAGUAGUGCCCUCUUCAGAUAUAACAUACAGCAUAAUAGUAGCAGAUCUGUGUCAUUUGCUGCUGGCAGAUACAGAAGCAUCCUAUUUGUUGGAAAUUAGGAGCCAUUUUGUGCUAGAUGAAAACAGCUAUCCUUUGCAAAAGGAUUUCCAUCUGCUAAACUUUCAUCUUGAUCUUUGA